AUGCCACUUCAAUUUCGUCCCACUCAAGUUUUUGAUGAGACAAAACAUGUAGUAGAUGGGGUAGCUAAGAAAUAUCUUGAAAAAGCGACUGGUGAUGUACAUCAUCUUGUUCCGAUCGAAGUUCUUGCUGAUGGAAACUGCUUAUACAAUUCUAUUGUUCUUCUAAUGAAUCACCCAGCAGUAACGACAAGUGAAUUACGGGUUCGGACAAUUAUUGAACUUGUAACAAAUGAAAAUUAUUAUGAAAAUAUGUAUUCAAAAUACGUCGGAUCUGUCAACAUCGCUAUCAAAGCUAUUUGCAAGAAUUAUACAUUUUCUGAAUUAUAUGAAAUAGCAGCACUAUGCAAUAUACUUCAAUGUAAUAUACGAAGUGUUUAUCCAAAAAUUGAUUUUCAACAAUAUAUGGCAAUUUGCGAUAACGUCUUUACGCCUGUUUUACCUAUUAUUGCUAAUUGUAACAUUGUAAUUAUGUGGUCAAAUGCCUCGAAUGAAAAAGAUGCUCGAGAGGCAAAUAAUGGCACAUGGAGUCCAAAUCAUUUUGUUCCACUCAUUCCACCAGCUAUUCAUAAUGAUUCUAAUAAUGGUAAUCAAU